AUGCUGAUGCCACAGUCAACUGAGCAGCAUCUCCAUGACACAGUUCCAAAAUAUUGCAGAAAUGCACUUCCUGGAACAUCUGAUACAAAUGUUGUAACUACAGCUCCUUUUUCUAAUCUUCAGUUACCAGGCUCCAAGUAUCAGAGUACCAAUGUUAUACAACUUCGCAAAUGUCCUGCUCCUCUUGCCCCUGAUACACAUAGAAAUCAUCUUCGACAUUCACAAGUUCUAUUAAUUGGCUGUGGCAGCCAAUGCAAUCGUGGUAAUGAAGUUUCUGUAUUUGACACUGCAUCAAAAUUAAAGAAUGGUCUCUCCUACUUCUCCACUUAUGAAGAAGCUGACUCGUUCACGUGUAUGAACUGCUUCAAAUUUCUUCCCAAAAACAUCGAAGAUACUUCAGUGCCUUCAUGGAAUCAAGCUCCAAGGUGCUUACCCCCUGCUUCAAGAUUGGAUCAACUGCAUCCAUUAUUUUCUCCUCGUCCACCAACCUCUGCACAUAGACUGCCAGGUUUACAUCAUCUUCCGGUCUAUUAA